CCAGACCCAAGGGCGCAAGGCCUACCCUUUCUUCCCCGCAAAGAAAGAAACGAAGAGCAGCAGCGGAACGAGAGAGAAGCAGCAGCAGCGACGAUGGCGAGCGGCGGCAUGAAGAGGGAGAUCAGCGAGACCCACGACGCCCUUCGCUUCGGCAUCAACGCCGGCGUCAAGGCCGACCUCGCGCCGCCGCACCCGCUCCAGUCCACCAUCCAAUCGGAGGCCAAGUUCUGGGCGGACAAGAAGAAGUUCGGGACGGAGGCCAUCUACGGAUCCGCCUUCAACAUUCGCAAGGAUCUCGAUGCCCAAAUCCUCUCCAGGUUUCAAAGGCCCCCUGGUGCUUUGCCAUCAUCUAUGCUAGGAUAUGAGGCACUGACAGGUUCCUUGGAUGAUUUUGGAUUUGAAGAUUAUCUUAACAUGCCUCAAGAUUCUGACAGUUUCCGUCAACCUGACAUGCACCAUGGAAUGGAGGUUCGCCUUGGCUUGUCCAAGGGACCUAUCUGCCCUAGCUUCAAUUGAUCCAUCCAUGUAGUCCUGCAGUACAUUGUGCGCCAGUCCAGUACAUCGGUCAAUAGACCAUAUUAUCAUGGUGAAAAGUGAAAACCGAUGAGCCUUGCACCUGUUCAGUGUUCAGUGUAAUGUUUCAGUCAACACCGAAUUUAGUUCUUAUCCUAUUUGAACUUACAUUUGAUGGUUGGUCUGCCUCUGUGAAUCUACGUGUUUCAGCUUGUCGACAAAAUUUCUCAGCUUGUACUCCACUUAUUUGAUCUA